CUCUCUCUCUCUCUCUCUCUCUUUUAGUCUUUACUACUAUAAACCGUUCUGGGAACUUGAUCAACAUUUUUAAUCCUAACUUGCUAAGUGUGUUGAAGAAGAAGAAGAAGAGAAGAAGAUUCACCAAAAGCCCGGAAAAAGUGGAACAAGAAGAAGAAGUAGCGAGAAAGUGACAAGAGAGCAUUCUGAUUCAUGUGACUCUGCUCGCCUGAGAAGAAAUAAAGGAUGAAUCUUUAUGUUGCGAAUGACAAUUUCUUCCUGAGAAGAAGGAUUCUCUCCGUGCUCCUCUUCGUCGUUUUCCUCUGCAACAACCUUUCCACUUCGUCUUCGUCAUCUGAAGUGAUCACGAUAAAGCCAAGACAUUUAUCUUUGCUAAAGAGCGCUUUGCAACGGUCAAGUGGAGAACAGUCUGAUCUGUGGAGGCCAUUGACUGAUCAAGGAUGGAGUCCUUGUAUUGAUUUGGGAAAUUCCCCUGCGUUACCGGUUAAGUCUGAAGGAUAUAUUCAGGUAUUUCUCGAUGGAGGACUUAAUCAGCAACGAAUGGGGAUAUGUGAUGCAGUUGCAGUGGCUAAGAUAUUAAACGCAACUCUCGUGAUCCCGUAUCUUGAAGUGAAUCCUGUUUGGCAAGAUACAAGUUCUUUUGUUGAUAUCUUCGAUGUCGAUCAUUUUAUUGAUGCGUUGAAAGAUGACAUAAGGGUAGUCAGAGAACUUCCUGAUGAAUACUCUUGGAGUACAAGAGAGUAUUACAGUACAGCAGUCCGUGAAACCCGAGUAAAAACCGCACCUGUUCAUGCUUCUGCGAAUUGGUAUAUGGAGAACGUCUCACCGGUUCUUCAAAGUUAUGGUAUCGCUGCUAUAUCUCCAUUCUCUCACCGUCUAUCAUUUGAUCACCUACCUGCUGAGAUCCAACGGCUAAGAUGCAAAGUAAAUUUCCAAGCUUUACGCUUUGUUCCUCACAUUAGAUCACUCGGUGAUGCUCUUGUGAGCCGUCUUAGAAACCCAUCAUGGAGAAAUAAUAAAGAUCAGAAAAAUGUGGAUCAUUUAAGAGACAUGACCAACUCACAUAGCAGACAAGAGCCCGGUAAAUUUGCCGUGCUUCAUCUUCGUUUUGAUAAGGACAUGGCUGCACAUUCGGCGUGUGAUUUUGGUGGAGGCAAAGCCGAGAAACUUGCAUUGGCGAAAUACCGGCAAAUGAUAUGGCAAGGAAGAGUUUUGAAUUCACAAUUCACAGAUGAAGAGUUAAGAAGUCAAGGACGAUGUCCUCUAACACCAGAAGAAAUGGGACUUCUUCUAGCUGCUUUUGGAUUUGACAACAAUACUCGUCUCUAUCUUGCAUCCCACAAGGUGUAUGGAGGAGAAGCUAGAAUCUCAACAUUAAGACAAGUAUUCCCAAGAAUGGAAGACAAAAGAAGUCUUGCUUCUUCAGAAGAACGAGCUCGAAUAAAAGGCAAAGCUUCUUUACUAGCUGCCCUUGAUUACUACGUGAGUAUGCACAGUGACAUAUUCAUCUCUGCAUCACCUGGAAACAUGCACAACGCUCUUGUUGGUCAUCGGACAUUCGAGAAUCUCAAGACAAUCAGACCAAACAUGGCGUUAAUAGGACAGCUAUUCCUCAACAAAAGCAUCACAUGGGCUGAUUUCCAACAAGCGCUUGGAGAAGGACAUGUGAAUAGACAAGGUCAGAUUCGGUUAAGGAAACCAAAACAGUCGAUUUAUACUUAUCCUGCUCCUGAUUGUAUGUGCCAUGUUUGAUUAGUUAAAAAAGUCUUGGAUCUUUAGAUAUAUUUCUGGUAGUAGCAAAAAUAAAUUCUCGAUUCUUGGAUGAGGCUAGUUGGUGUUUAGCUCUGUGUUCUUGAGGCUUAAUAAAAAAGAGUAUAGUUUGAUUAGUAGUAUUCGAGUGUAUGUAUGAAUCUGAUUUGUUAUUAAUAAGAAUUUUGGCUCUCUAAAGGUUCUGACUU